AUGGCGAAUUGUGAAACACUGAUUAAUCAAAGACGUCCAAAACUGACCAUUAUAGUCAAUGUAAACUUAGACUUACUGGUCCGUUUUACUGCCCCUCCUAAUCGUUCAUGCCGGUUUGAAAUAGACAAUGAAGCACGUUGCUUCUUUGAUAUAAACAAAAGCUGCUGGUUUCGGGGGAAGGAGAGAGUGAAAGCAAUUGCAAAGGCUCCUAAAGGAGCAUAUGGAGGGGACUAUUUUCUGUACUUUGACGCAUCUUGUGGCAAAACUGGAAAGAAGUAUCGCCUCUACAGCGGCAAAGGGAUGAAAUUUGAAGAUAAGACGUACCGUUUGUGUUUGUAUUACUAUAUAAAGGGUGAAGGAAUGAAAACGUUCUCCAUCUAUACAUCAAGAGGUGAAACAGACAACCAAAAAGUGUUUUUUGUGAGUGGAAAGCGGAGAAACAAAUGGUACAAGGCACAACUGGAUAUCCACCUAGAUCAAGAGACAAGGAUUGUUGUUGAGGCUACUAGAGGGAGCUUCGACCUAGGUGACAUUGCGAUAGAUGACGUCACACUCAUGCCUCAUCCAUGUGUGGAACAUUGA